GAUAAACACAAAACCGAACGAAAGUUGCUUUCUCUGCCACCGUUUCGAAGCUCCCGGAUUCGAUUACCCCAUCUGAUUCUUUGCUUUUUCUGAUCCCAUCUUCUGUUCAUCCUCUCUUCUUUUUGGCCAUCAAUGGCAUCCUUCUUUGGUAGAUUCACAUCCCAUUCCAGUUCCAGCUCCAAUUCCAAUUCCCAUGCUCCAUCUGCACCGUACGCGCCAUCGGCACCAGAAGCCCACGGCCAUGAACAUUCUCAUGAGACCGCUUCGCCGUAUUUCUCCGAACACCAUCCGCCGCAGCCUUAUGGGUCUAAUUAUGGUGGGGUUUCUUCAUAUGGGUCUUAUGGUUUUCCACCUGGGACCCCCCCUGAGGUAAUUAGGAGCUUCCAAAUGGUGGAUAGGGAUGGAAGUGGGUUCAUUGAUGAGAAUGAAUUGCAGCAAGCUCUUUCUUCUGGCUACCAGAGAUUUAGUCUUAGAACCGUUCGUUUGCUCAUUUUUUUGUUCAGAAAUCCGGUUGAUUCCUCCAGAAUGGGGCCUAAUGAGUUUACAGCUUUGUGGAACUGUCUUGGGCAAUGGCGUGGCACGUUCGAGCGAUAUGAUCGAGAUAGAAGUGGGAAAAUUGAUGCGUUAGAAAUGAGGGAUGCACUUUAUGGUCUUGGCUAUGCAGUCCCAUCUUCAGUCCUCAAACUUCUAAUAUCACUUUACGAUGAUCAAAGUGGGCGUCGAGUUGAAUUUAACUUCGGCAGUUUCGUCGAAUGUGGCAUGAUAGUAAAGGGAUUGACCGAGAAAUUCAAGGAGAAGGAUAGGCACUACACGGGUUCGGCUAUGCUGACGUACGAAGAUUUCAUGUCAACAAUCCUCCCAUUUCUUGUGUCUUACAGUUAAAAGGCCUCCAAAAUAGCCAUAUAAAGUGUUCAUUUAAGGACGUUUGGUUUAGAGCAAAAAGGUUUUUGUUUCUUCUGUGUAGAGAUAUGUUUUGGAACUUGUUUUUUCUUUAUCAAAAUUCUCCAAUUUUCUAUAUUUGAUGCAAUCAUUGAUGUUA